ACCACUUAUCUCUGUUCUUCUCUGCUUGUCUUGCGUCUCACGUCGCGGUGAUCUCUACCGCUGGCAAGGGUCGUGACACAAGCAAGACGAAGCUGGACCAUCUCAGCGUCGGUAGCAAAAGCUAGAACUCGUCUACGGUGAUGCCGCCCCUGACGACCUCAUAGUCGUCUAGGUUUAGGGUCUAAGCUACUUAUUUGGGACGGGAGGGUUUAGGGUUUUCCGGACGGGAGAUCUCCUUGUUGGCCCUCUGCCCCAGCCAGUUAACUUCUUUGCUACGCGGAGACGGAGAAGAAAGGAAUCGUGGGAGGUGUGUCCUAGUUCACCAGGUCGCGCGUUGGGCGCGAGCGCGACCGGAUCAAAGCGAGAAGCGGCGAGGAAGAUGUGUCCUCCACCGCCGAGCAAAAGCGACAGCUCUUUCCUCUUCGUAUGGGAAAAAACCGGCAGCUGACGACAGACGUGUGUAACUCGACGACAUAUUUCGUCACGUCACGUCUCGUCUCGCCUCUUCCCUUCAUCACUUCCUGAAACCUCCGCCGUGAACGAAGCGAAGCCUUUCGGUGAUACAAUUGAGCCAGAAUGCUAUGGGCCUAAGAUGCACAAGCGUAACACACCUCUCAAGUCGGGCCACAAAGUAGGCUUCGAAAAUAUUCGGCCACCCAGCCUUGUCGGCCCACUAUCCGGGGCUAGGGUUUUAACCAAGCGUAUAAGAGCUCCCACUCGCGCAGACACCCAAGCCUCCACCAAAUUAAACCGCCGGCGCCUCCACUUCGCGUUCUCGCCUCAUCUCCUCCCGCUCAGGAUCCGGCGGCGAAGGUAAGGCAAGAUGUACACCGCGAGGAAGAAGAUCCAGAAGGAUAAGGGCCUUGAGCCCUCCGAGUUCGAGGACUCCGUCGCCCAGGCUUUCUUCGACCUGGAGAACGGUAACCAGGAGCUCAAGAGCGACCUCAAGGACCUUUACAUCAACGGUGCUAUCCAGCUGGAUGUUGCCGGGAGCAGGAAGGCUGUUGUGAUCCACGUCCCAUACCGCUUGCGUAAGGCCUUCAGGAAGAUCCAUGUCAGGAUCGUCAGGGAGCUGGAGAAGAAAUUCAGCGGCAAGGAUGUGGUAAUUGUUGCCACAAGGAGGAUCGUGAGGCCGCCCAAGAAGGGUUCAGCUGUUCAGCGCCCUCGCACCAGGACUCUGACUGCUGUCCAUGAUGGCAUCCUGGAGGAUGUUGUCUUCCCAGCUGAGAUUGUGGGGAAGCGUGUCAGGUACCGUCUGGAUGGUGCCAAGAUCAUCAAGAUCUUCUUGGACCCAAAGGAGAGGAACAACACAGAAUACAAGCUGGACACCUACACUACGGUCUACCGCAGGCUGUGUGGGAAAGAUGUGGUCUUUGAGUACCCUAUGGCCGAAAAUGCAUAAAUAUGACGCCCGGAUAUCCCCAUUUUAUUUUGUUGAAUCUGGAUGUUUCUUUGGGGUCUCAACUAGACUGCUCCGUAUGUACUUCAAAAACCAUAGUUUUGAUGCCAAAGUUGUUGCCUAGGAAUUUGGUACUCGGGAAUUGGUAGCGGACCUGAACAAUGUUAAGUUUUGAGCAUUUAAAUUUACCUUUGUCAUGAUAACAUGUUGCGAGUUUUUAUUUAAUUGCUGGACGUGUUUGAUA